AAAAGCCCAAGGUGCAAAGUUUCUGAGUAAAAAAAUAGGCACAUUUUAAGGCUUCUGAUGUAUAUUGCCAAAUUGUGCUAAAAAGAAAAGCUCUACCAAUUAACACUCCCAGCAACAAUGCCAAGAGAAUGCUAGUUUCCCUACAUCUCACCAACACUGGCUGGAAUGCAUCGUUUUAGAGAUGAAUGCUGGGAACCGAUGCACUCUUUGCUCUACCUCUCCCCCUCCUAACAGUCUAGAACACAGGCGCUCAAUAAAUCAAUCCAGGCUCCAGUCCAGCAGACAUUCUGAUCUAAUCUGACUGCUCUGGGUAACAGAAAAGUCUCCCUUGGUUCACUGCCCAGUAUCCUGGCGUCAUGAGAAUCCUAUAAAGGCAGUAGCUCCAGGCACAUUACAGAGGGACCCAACUCCACUAAACCACCACCAGCUCCCCAAGUCACCCCUUCAGCCAUGAAGUUCCUGCUCCUGGUCUUGGCAGCCCUUGGAUUCCUGACCCAAGUGAUCCCACCCAGUGGGGGUGGGUCAAAAUGUGUGAGUGACACCCCGGGAUACUGCAGGACACAUUGCCACCAGGGGGAGACAGCAUUGUUCAUGUGCAGCCCUUUCAGAAAAUGCUGCAUCAGCUACUCCUUCCUGCCUCAGCCUGACCUACCGCAUCUCGUCGGGAACCACUGGCCAUCAAGGAGCGGAAACACACAAAGGAAAAACAAGAAGCAACAAACGACCGUAACGCCAUAAUAACCCCUCCUAUCACCCCCACCAACUCAAAGAAAUAUCAUUUCCACAGUUCCAGUUCCUCCUACGUUGUUGAGAACUAGCCAAGUCUCCUCCUUGUGGGGCAGAUAUCUAUAGCCAACCCCAAAACUUCCGUCUUCUAUCAUUCUGUCAUUCAUCUAAUAACUAAUUUGGAGUUUGUAUCUAUCUUAUGAGAGCAAUCAUCAUGCAGACUCGUCCACAGGGGAUCUGUCAGUUUGGGUCCUCCAAAUGAAAAAUGCCAAGACAGAAUUGGACAUGCAAAAGAUUGACUGGGAGAACACACCUCUGAUGGACAAAGUUGAGAGAGAGCAACCACAGGCAAGGAGAACCUUCAGACUGCAGUGCUGACCUAAUACGUAUCAAAGGAGAGAGGGAUAGAGAAGGACUGAAUAGAAGGAGACUGAGACUGUAGCUCUAAGAAAGUCUUAGCCAAACAGAUGGGGAGGCCCAAAGCAAGGCUUGCUCCUCAGAGGAGCUCCCACAGGGCAGGAAUAGCCAGGUUCUCAUAUCCCAGGGGUUCAGUCUUUGGCUGAGAACAGUCCUUGGAGAACAUGGGGUGACUGCUACCAUUGGUCUGGAAGUAUGACAGCUUGAGGCUGUCCACCAACUAUCCCCCUGAAGCAAGUUCUCUUGAAAGGAAAUCUGAACAGUGCUGCCAUGGAGUAUAAGGAGGAAGAGAAAGGAGCUAAAAGUCUAGGUUCGCCCAGCUAGGUAGACUGACUUGUGAAGUAUUUAUUUAUUCAUUUGAGUAACAAAGCAGACAGAAUACAUAGCCGCCAUUGGUAGUACACCCCGAAAGCAAGGAAGGCAUGAUGCUGGUGACUCAAACGUACCUACCCAUGGUGUAAAAUUGGCAUAAUCCUCCUGGGAAGCUGUGCAGAAAUAAGCACAGAGAAGCAGAACUCUACUUGUUUAAUCCACUAAACGUUACUUCUGGAAAUUGGUUCAUCAUAAAUUAUCCAAGAGAAGUAAAAAGUUAUGGGCACAAAGAUUUUUCCAUAUAAUAUUAUUUAAAAUGCUGAGAAAAUGAAAAAAUCUAAAUGGUGAAAUAUAUACUAAUGCCAUCUAUAAAUACAAACAAAUAGAAUGCUUAUAAAAUAAUGGAACAUAAUAACAUUAUUCAAAAUUGCAUUUAUGCUGUAGUUGUCAAAAUUGUCUCCUUAUAUGAUACAAAAAUCAUUAAAAUUAUGACUUUUUUGUUUGGUUGGAAAGCAGAAUUAUGCAUAAAUUUCCUCUUACAGUUUGAUGCCCAUUAGUUUUAUGUAAUAUUUAUUUGACAGGUACUAACUUCUAUUUGAGAAGAACAAACCAAAACACUCAGGCCUAAAUAAUUAAAAGCAGUCCUAAAAACUAGCAAACCAGAUAAGAAAAGAUGUUAAUGCCUAUUCCCUAACUUAUAUCUUAGACCAAAAUUAAUUCUAGAUGGUUUUAAAAUGACAGUGUAAAAGCAAAGUAUUAAAAGAUUGUGUGGUCAAAUAUUCAAUUUAAGAGCAAGGAAAUUCUUAUAAAUAUAACAAUAGAGGCAGAACUCAUGUAAGAUUAAAUUGAUUAGGUGGCAUUAAAUAUUAAGUUCCUGUGUAUGUCAAAAGGUAUCAUUUUGAAAUUCAUCCAUCUUACUGGGUAUUGCAGGAGUUCGUUCCUUUUUGUUUAUAAAUACUCUUCUGUCAUAUGAAGAGUAUUUAUUUAUACACUGAUUUGUUGAUGGACAUUUGGGUUGUUCCCAGUUUAUGGCUAUUGCAAAUAAAGCUUCUAUGCACAUUUAUGUACAAA